CACAGGUGGUGGAACAUGGCUGGACAAAUAUCAGAGUCUGAUCAGAUCAAGCAGUUCAAGGAGUUCCUUGGCACAUACAAUAAACUUACAGAAAAUUGCUUCGUGGAUUGCAUAAAGGAUUUCACUAGCAGAGAUGUGAAACCAGAAGAGAUAACUUGCUCAGAAAACUGCCUGCAAAAGUAUCUAAAGAUGACACAGAGGAUCUCCAUGAGAUUCCAGGAGUACCACAUCCAGCAGAACGAGGCUCUGGCAGCCAAGGCAGGACUGCUCAGCCAACCUCGUUAGACCAGAGCACUGUGCUCAGAAUUAAGCUGUGCCAGUGUUCCCUGGGCAAGAACACACUGGGGGAUUCCUACUGUCAGGAUGUGUGCCCAGCAGCUCAGAGCAGAGCUGGGGGUGCUGCUCAGGCAGUGGGAGCCAUGAAGGGUUAAACAGGAGCUCAGUCCUGCUGGCCUGGCAGUGGAGUUGUUUCCACAAGGGAAUGAUGCAGAUACAACUUUUCCCAGGG